GGGACCAAUGUCCCCCUUACUGAAGGGGCAUGCUUACCUUGGCAUGAGUGAAAGCAGGCUCUGAACUGAGUGAGUCCCUGAGGGGUCUUGGGUUUGGUUGUCAGGAGCAGAUUCUGAAUGUGCUGCAGGCCUGGAGCUGCCCUGGGUUUGCUGGGUGUCUGCUAAUGUGGGAAUCAGAUGGCUUCUUGGAGGGAGUCUCUAGUGGGAAAGGCUUAACAGGAUGAAGCUCGUCUCUAAGAAGGUCUUUUCCCUCAUGGGAUGUGGCUGUGUAGAUGCAUAUUUUGGCCUAUUUUCCCAAAAGCUGUUUGCUGCUGUUGCUCCAUUCUUCUCUGAUUUCAGCAAAUAGGACAACAUAGCCAUGUGUGAUUGAUCAGUGAAAUUGAUUCAUUUUCAUUUCCUCAUCUGCAACGUAAGUCACUUACGAUUCAGUUUGUUUCAGAAUGGAAUGAAGGUUAGAAAAAGGAGACAUUCUGAUGGGUCAUGAAUGAGGUCAGCACUGACUCUCUGCCAGACUGUAGAUGUGCUUGGCCUCCAGGGAGCACUGGCAGGGACACCCCUGUGGCCCAGGAGGUGUGCAGCCCACUAGUUGGGGGCAUCCAGAGGGGGUAGAGGGGACCCCAGGUCUCCCUGGGCUGCUCCUCACAGCAUCUCUCCACGAGGGCAUGGUGGUCAAGCCAGAGCCCUGAGAGCAGACCUGGAAGGUCGCCCAGUGGAAGCCAGGGUGUGGCUCUGCAGAGCUGGGUGAACUUAGCACGGGCACUGGGUGCCUGCCAUCUUCCCUGAGACGGCAGUACUAACUUGAAGCUUUCCAUUCCUCAUACAGGAGGAUGGGGUGAUGUGCGUGACCAGAAUCGACUGGUUCCAUGGCACAGUCAUCCUGGUUUUCUGUGUGAUGGAACUCUGCACUCGGGGCAGCAAGGUCCAGAGGGUGUCUUGAGUCCAGGGGUCUCCUGGGACUCAGGAGAGCAGCAUGGCUUCAGGCAGCCCCAGGCACAGGCCUCUACAGGAGUGAUCCCAAGGUCUCCGCUCCCUGGGACAGGCCUGCCUUCAGGUCUCCCGGGGAAAGAAGCACGCUGAAGCUCCCAGAUGGGCAGAAGACUGGAACAGCACACGUGAUCUCAGGGACCUGUUGGAUCUUGGUGAGAGGCCCGACAUGUAGCUGGGGACGGAAGCACAGAACCACUUGAAGUAAUUCUGGCUGGCAGGUCUUCUGCUCGGGGAAACCUGUAAGCCCACGGAUCCAGACAGCCAGUGCCCCGGCACAUCACCAAAUAUGAGUCCUGAAAGCCACAGAGCAGCAGAUCACGUUCAAGAGCACGACGAGGAUAACAGUGUGGGCCAGCGUAGAGUGCUGGGGACACUGGCCAAAUUGACCAGAAGACGAGUGAAUCAUUCUCCCAGCUGACCCACACCGAAAAGAUUUCCCACCAGGUGACCCAUGGAAAUGUCAAGGUGUUGAGGUGGAAGGGAGGUAGUACCAGGUGGAAGCAGCUCUUAGCCCAGGAAGGAAGAGCACCCAGAUGGAGGUGGCAAGGACAGAGGGCUUUCCCUCUUUGCUUAAAACAGAAUCUCUUUAAAAUAAAACACCACUGACAUUUAAAAGUAAAAAUAGUGGGGUUUUUAACAAGGAGCUAUGAAAACAGGAACAGACGGGCUGCCCAGGGAGGGAGGGAGCACACAGGGCUGGGUCCCCACUCGAAUGAGAAGAGGUAGGUUACAAAUAGUUUAUUACUGAGAAGUAGGCUGCAGCAAGUCAGAGGUGACCAAGGUGAACCCUGUCACAGACCCCUUCAAAGUUCGCUCAGGAAGGAACAAAAUAAUUCAAAAGGAGGCAGGAAAAGAACAAAGGCCAGAGGGGAACUCAGCUCCUAAUGAGCUGGAGACAGACUGAUCCUUUCAAGAGCUUUGUUUUUGUGUGUGUGGUGCUGGGGAUUGAACCCCGGGCCUUGUGCAUGUGAGGCCAGCCCCCUACCGACUGAGCUACAUCCCCAGCCCCCUUUUAAGUGUUUUAUUAGUCGUAAGAUCUACGUGCUCCUACUGAAGAACAGACAUUGGCCCUUGGAUGGAGAGCACGGCCUGUCUCUGAGUAGUCCGUGGGAAGCCACUCCAAGUCCACGCACCUUUCAAUUCUGAAGCACCACCGGGAUCUGAAGGAUCACUGUAGUCUGGUGUGUAGUGCCACGAUUAGUGACUCAGGCUUUUCCCUCCCUUGGAUAACAAGGUGUGGCCCUGGGAGUAGGCGGCACCCAGAGGAGUUAAGCGACGCUUACCUGUUCCUUUGUAAUCGUACCCCUUGCCUCAUUUGAAUGGUUUCUCCCCAAUAAAAGGGUUCAGCAUGUGCUCCUCUCUCUCUUUCCAUGGACUCCUAAGGUCAGAGGAGCUGUCACAGGACCAGAGAAAAAGGUAUUUCUCUGUCUCUGUGAUUAUUUCAUUCAGCCCAGUUCACCUGGAAUGAACUUGAGUGUUUAGUCGUGGAACACGACAGUUGUCCAAAAUAAAUUUUUAGAGACAGGUUAAAAGUAAAAGUUUAAGCCGGUGCUGUGGGUGCACACCUGAAAUCCCAGCUGCUUGGGAAGCUGAGGCAGGAGGAUUAAAAGAUUGAGGCCAGCCUCAGCAAUAUAGUGAGGGCCUGUCUCAAAAAAGAGUGAAUGUUUAGAAAACUAGAUAACAUAAAAACAGUGAUCACUCUAGUGUCUUUCCUUACUACCACAAGAAUGGGAUCUAAAUUAGACGAAUACUCCGUAUGUAUACUAUGUCAAAAUACGUUGUCCUACUGUCAUGUAUAUCUAAAAAGAACAAAUGAAGAAGACAGUAGUUAUAAACAGAAGCACUAUGUUAACACCACAGGAGAGGUUAGGACAAGAAAUAAUACCAGAAGUAGAGAGGGUCAAUAUAGGAAGAGCAUAACACCCCUAGACGUACCUGCUCCUGACCUCUUCAACAUACACGAAGCAAGUGCUCAGACCAGACAGGGAACUAGACUGACAGGGGUCCUGGGAGACCUCAGCACCUGUCUCAGCAACUGAUGGACUCAGGUUCAGAGGACAGACCGGAACAUCAUCACCAGUGUGUGCUUACCAGUGCUGUGGCCUACUGGGCCUGCCUUUGGAGACACACUCCAGUGCUCCUGGACCAUUCACCUAGGCAGGACAUCAGUCAGGUCUUGAGUCUCACAGAACUAAAAAGGGCUGGAACUAUACAGAGUGUGCUGAGCAUAAUGGAAUUAAGCAAGGACUCAAUGGCAGAAGAUUCAGAAAAUCUCAAAUAUUUGGACAUCAAAUAACACACUUGAAUGAUCUAUGGCGAAAGGCGAGGUGUGAGCCACAUUGGAGGACUGCACUCCCAUUUGGAGACUCACAACUGUGGCAGCAGUGGAAGGACAGGGAGCCCAGGGGUGGGCCCAUCCAAUGGAGAAAGGAGUCUUCAGCAGAAAGUGAAUCUAGACGUAAACCAUGAACCCUUCACAAAAAUCAAGUGUAUCUCAGACCUAAAUGUGAAGACUAUAAAACUCCUAGAAGAUGACAGAACCUAGGUGACCCUGGGUUUGUCAAUGACAUUCUAGGUACCACUCCAAACGCAUCAUCCACGAAGAAAAUAAUGGAUUGGCUGGAGCUCAUUGAAAUGAAGAGCUGGGAUGGUGGUGCAUUCCUAUAAUCCCAACAGCUCGGGAGGCUGAGGCAGGAGGAUCACAAGUUCAAGUCCACCCAGGGCAACUCAGCAAGGCCCUGUGCAACUCAGUGAGACCCUGUCUCUAUAAAAAAAAAUGGGCUGGGGAUGUGGCUCAGUGGCUAAGCACCCCUGGGUUCAAUCCCCAGUACCAAAAAUAAAUAAAAUAAAGUGAGCACAAGGGAAAACAGAAAAUACUUAAGCUGAAUGAAAAUAAAAACAUGACACCAAAACUGUGUGACGUAGCCAAAACGAACAGUAAGAAAGAUUAAGCCAGGACCCACACUCCCAACCAGGAAGCCUAGGCCAGCGGGAGCAAAGGAAGAGCAGAGGUCCCAUGCAGGAGGCAGCAGGUCUGGUGACAGGUCCAUGGAGCCAGAAGCUGGCACCUGAGCAGAUUCUCAAGCCCAUUCCAAGUCUGAUUGUGCAGGACAGGAAAUGGCCUGCUGCCAGGAAUGGUGGAAAGGCCACCUUGCGCACAGAGGCUGGGCCUUGACCUUUUGGCUGUGCCCUGGCCAUCUGUGCACCCUGCUUGCCUUCUGAGUUCACAGCUCCCUUUGCACGGCUGUGGGUCUUCGUGAAGAGGCCCCAGAGCUGCUUCCCCACGGUCCUCUCUGUCUCCCUACCUGGCUUAUCUGCCUGUCCUUGAGGGUUACUCAGAUGGACAGCAAGGGCAAGUUCUUUGAGAAAGUCAUCAAAAUGGACCCAAGAAGAAAAGGCAGCUAAGUAACCUCAUAUCAAAGAAAUGGAAUUAGAACCCUAAAACUUCCAGGAGAAAUCUAGGCCUAGAUGCCUUCUCUGGUAAAUUCUGUCAAACAUUUAAGAAAGGAGUCAUCUAACAUAUCCCAAAUAGAGUGUCCUCAUUCUAUAAGGCGAUGUUAUAAACCAGGCCAGGACGGGAGGAGAAAAAGACCCUAUCAAUUCCCUUUUAAGCACAAACAGUAAUAAGCUGAGUCCAGUGGCAUCUGGAAAGGGUAGUGGGUCCUGGCCAGCAUGCUGGCGGCUGGUCAGGCCUGUGACCCAGCUACCAACCUGCUGCUCGUGGGCUGGGUGCGGAGGCUCCAGCUGUGGAGAGGGAAGGUGUGGGUGUGGAAUUCACCCAACAAGGCAAGAUGCCCUUGGUGCCUUCCAAGGCAGAAACAGCCCUGUCCAGUGCCUUCCCUGGCCACUGGAGAGGCAGUGCAGGGCAGGUUUCCAGGUGGUCACUGACUGAGGUCAGAGCCUCUCCUGGGGGACCCAGUCAGUGUACCCCAGCUCUCCCCUGGUUGGUCCAGAGGGCCUUGUCCCCUGCCUCGGAGUCUUCAGUUAGUGACACUUCAGUGAAUCACGUUGUUGUCCCCUGUUGGCCCCCGCUGCCUGCCCUUCCUCAAGUGUGGAUCCCAAGGGCCAGCCCCAGUGGACGUCUGCCUGCCAGGCACCACCCCGUCUGGGGCCCCGAUGGUGGUGGCACUGUCUCUUUAAGGGAGCGACAUCACAAGGCUGCGGAAGGCGGCUGCCCUGGAACUCCAGGGUCUUGGCUGGCUUCUGUAGGUCUGGGAGCUCUGGACUUCCAUCUCCAUGGGGCCGCAGGCCUACACGUGAGCACGGAGGGCGCGCCAUGGCUGAGGGCAGCGAGCUGAUGAACAGGCUCAUGAGCGAGAACGCGGACCUGAAGAAGCAGGUGCGGCUGAUGAAGGAGAACCAGAUGCUGAAGCGGCUGCUCAGCCAGAGCUGCCAGGAGAGCUGCAGCCUCGGGGGCCGCGAGCCCCUCUUCCCCCGGGGCCCCGCCUACCCUGAGGCCUGCUCCCCCGGGUGUGCAGGUUCAGACUUCGGGAGGUUCAGCAGUGUCCCCGACACACCCUCCCAGAUGCAGACGUCCUCCCUGGAGGACCUGCUGUGCUCGCACGCCCCCCUCUCCAGCGAGGACGAAGCCUCCCCAGGCUGUGCAACCUCCUCCCAGGUGACCUUCAAGGCCUUCAUUGGUGCGCCAGAGCUGCACGCCCGGGGCCCCGACAGGAAGCUGUCUCCGCUCCUGAGCCCCCUGCAGGACCCACUGGUGGACAAGACGCUGCUCGAGCCCAGGGAGAUGGUGCGACCCAAGAAGGUGUGCUUCUCGGAGAGCAGCCUGCCCACCGGGGACAGGACCAGGCGGAGCUACUACCUCAACGAGAUCCAGAGCUUUGCGGGUGCAGAGAAGGAUGGCCGCAUCGUGGGAGAGAUUGCCUUCCAGCUGGACCGGCGCAUCCUGGCCUAUGUGUUCCCUGGUGUGACGCGGCUCUAUGGCUUCACUGUGUCCAACAUCCCCGAGAAGAUAAAGCAGACCUCCAUCAAGUCCCUGGACGGCUCGGUGGAUGAGAAGAAGCUGAGGGAGCUGACGCAUCGCUACCUGACGCUGACCGCCCGGCUGGAGAAGCUGGGCUACAGCCGCGAGGUGCACCCGGUCUUCAGCGAGUUCCUCAUUAACACCUACGGCAUCCUGAAGCAGCGGCCGGACCUGCGCGCCAACCCGCUGCACAGCAGUCCAGCCGCGCUGCGAAAGCUGGUCAUCGACAUCGUGCCGCCCAAGUUCCUGGGCGACUCGCUCCUGCUGCUGAACUGCCUGUGCGAGCUCUCCAAGGAGGACAGCAAGCCGCUCUUCGCCUGGUGAGCCGCACCGCCUGCCCCUCCUGCAAUAAAGAUGUUUGUUCCAAACCCGGGGGCCGCCGUGCUCCUGCGUGUCCCUCCCGCAGGGGAAGCGGUCUGCUGGUGCUGCAGCGGGCAAAGGCCUCCCGUGGCCAGCCGCUCUUCCUGGGGGCCCAGCAGCCCUCCGCCGCCCGCAGUCAAGGGCACCUGUCGCCUUAUUAAAAGCAUGUUUACCUUUC